CAGCUUUGAAGAUCAUUCUGAAGGUUAAAUGGGAGAGAAUACACCAACGUUACAGCAGAGAUCUAAUUAUUGAGUCAUCUAGAACCAAAGCCAAGUGCUGUGUAUUUUAACCACAUUAUUGUCUGUUUUCAAGCAGUAAUAUAGAGAUUUUUAAAAAAUAAAUAAACAUAAAAGUUAGUUCCAAAGUAGAUUCUAGAAGAUGUCAGUGAACACUCCUUCCAACUCAGUGCCCAGCAGCACUAGUCGUUUUCAAGUGCAUGUUAUAAACGAGGGCCAUGGCAGCGGUGCAGCCAUGAGUGAUGGCGCAGACCCCCCACACUACGAAGAGACCUCUUUCGGAGACGAAGCCCAAAACAGACUGAGAAUCAGCUUCAGGCCUGGGAAUCAGGAGUGCUAUGACAAUUUCCUCCAAAAUGGAGACUCUGCUAGAACAGACACCACAUUUCAUGCCUACGACUCCCACACAAACACGUACUACCUACAAACCUUUGGCCACAACACCAUGGACGCUGUCCCCAAGAUUGAGUACUACCGCAACACGGGCAGCGUGAGCGGGCCCAAGGUCAACCGGCCCAGCCUGCUGGAGAUCCACGAGCAGCUGGCCAAGAAUGUGACCGUGGCCCCUGGAUCAGCUGACAGGGUUGCUAAUGGCGACGGGAUGCCAGGAGAUGAACAAGCGGAAAACAAGGAGGAAGACACAGCCGGGGUUGUGAAGUUUGGAUGGGUGAAAGGUGUGCUGGUGAGAUGCAUGCUGAACAUCUGGGGAGUCAUGCUCUUCAUUCGCCUUUCCUGGAUUGUUGGAGAAGCCGGAAUCGGUCUUGGAGUUCUUAUAAUUCUUCUUUCCACCAUGGUAACCUCUAUCACUGGGUUGUCAACUUCUGCAAUAGCAACAAACGGGUUUGUUCGUGGAGGUGGCGCCUACUACCUGAUUUCUCGGAGCUUAGGGCCUGAGUUUGGAGGGUCUAUAGGCUUGAUCUUUGCUUUCGCCAACGCAGUGGCUGUCGCUAUGUACGUGGUGGGGUUUGCGGAGACUGUGGUAGAUCUCCUUAAGGAGAGUGACUCAAUGAUGGUGGAUCCAACCAAUGACAUCCGGAUAAUCGGUUCCAUCACCGUGGUGAUCCUGCUAGGAAUCUCAGUAGCUGGGAUGGAGUGGGAAGCGAAGGCUCAAGUGAUCCUCCUGGUCAUUCUUCUCAUUGCCAUUGCAAAUUUCUUCAUUGGAACUGUCAUCCCAUCCAAUAACGAGAAGAGAUCCAGAGGCUUCUUCAACUAUCAAGCAUCCAUAUUUGCCGAAAACUUUGGGCCAAGCUUCACGAAGGGUGAAGGCUUCUUCUCUGUCUUUGCCAUCUUUUUCCCAGCUGCCACUGGGAUCCUUGCUGGUGCCAACAUCUCUGGAGACCUGGAGGAUCCCCAGGAUGCCAUCCCCAGAGGAACCAUGCUGGCCAUUUUCAUCACCACUGUUGCCUACAUAGGUGUUGCUAUUUGUGUUGCGGCAUGUGUGGUCAGAGACGCCACCGGAAGCAUAAAUGACACCAUCAUUUCUGGGAUGAAUUGCAACGGAUCUGCAGCCUGCGGGCUGGGCUAUGACUUCUCGAGAUGUCAACAUGAACCAUGUCAGUAUGGGCUGAUGAACAAUUUUCAGGUCAUGAGCAUGGUGUCAGGGUUCGGGCCCCUCAUCACCGCGGGGAUCUUUUCAGCAACACUCUCUUCAGCCCUGGCCUCCCUCGUCAGUGCGCCCAAAGUAUUCCAGGCUCUGUGCAAGGACAACAUCUUCAAAGGACUGCAGUUCUUCGCAAAGGGCUAUGGGAAGAACAACGAGCCCCUGAGAGGAUACUUUCUCACUUUUGUGAUAGCCAUGGCAUUCAUCCUCAUCGCGGAGCUGAAUGUCAUCGCGCCCAUCAUCUCCAACUUCUUCCUGGCCUCCUACGCACUUAUUAAUUUCUCCUGCUUCCAUGCCUCGUACGCCAAAUCUCCAGGAUGGAGGCCAGCGUACGGGAUUUACAACAUGUGGGUGUCUCUUUUUGGAGCAGUUCUGUGCUGUGCGGUCAUGUUUGUUAUCAACUGGUGGGCAGCUGUCAUCACCUACGUCAUCGAGUUAUCCCUCUACAUCUAUGUGACUUACAAGAAGCCAGAUGUGAACUGGGGUUCCUCCACACAGGCUCUUUCCUAUGUGAGUGCCUUAGACAAUGCUCUGGAACUAACCACAGUGGAAGACCAUGUGAAAAAUUUCAGACCCCAGUGCAUUGUCUUAACGGGGGGACCCAUGGCAAGACCUGCUCUCUUGGAUAUAACCCAUGCCUUUACCAAGAACAGCGGCCUCUGUAUCUGCUGCGAAGUCUUCGUGGGACCUCGCAAGCUGUGUGUGAAGGAGAUGAACGGCGGCAUGGCUAAAAAACAGGCCUGGCUUAUAAAGAACAAAAUCAAAGCUUUUUAUGCUGCAGUAGCAGCAGACUGCUUCAGAGAUGGUGUCCGGAGUCUCCUUCAGGCCUCAGGCUUGGGGAGAAUGAAGCCAAACACUCUAGUGAUUGGAUAUAAAAAAAACUGGAGGAAAGCUCCCUUGUCAGAGAUUGAGAACUACGUGGGAAUCAUCCAUGACGCCUUUGACUUUGAGAUCGGUGUGGUGAUCGUCAGAAUCAGCCAGGGGUUUGACAUUUCUCCAGUUCUCCAGGUACAAGAUGAGCUGGAGAAACUGGAGCAGGAGAGACUGGCUUUGGAGGCGGCAAUCAAAGACAACGAGCGUGAGGAGGGGAAGGGAGGUAUACGAGGCUUGUUUCAGAAAGCGGGCAAGCUGAACAUUACCAAGCCAGCCCCGAAAAAAGAGGGCAACAUCAACACCAUCCAGUCCAUGCACGUCGGGGAGCUCAACCAGAAGCUGGUGGAAGCCAGUGCUCAGUUUAAAAAGAAACAAGGAAAAGGCACGAUUGAUGUUUGGUGGUUAUUUGAUGAUGGAGGGUUAACACUUCUUAUCCCAUAUAUCUUGACUCUCAGAAAAAAAUGGAAAGACUGUAAGUUAAGAAUCUACGUUGGAGGAAAGAUCAACCGUAUUGAAGAGGAAAAAAUUUCAAUGGCUUCUCUUCUCAGCAAAUUUAGGAUAAAAUUUGCGGACAUCCAUAUAAUUGGAGACAUCAACAUCAAGCCAAACAAAGAGAGCUGGAAAGUCUUUGAAGAGAUGAUUGAACCUUAUAGGCUCCAUGAAAGCCACAAAGAUUUGACCACUGCUGAGAAAUUAAAAAGAGAAAGUCCAUGGAAAAUUACAGAUGCAGAACUGGAAGCCGUCAAGGAAAAGAGUUACCGCCAAGUUCGCCUGAACGAGCUCUUACAGGAACAUUCGAGAGCCGCCAACCUCAUUGUACUGAGCCUUCCAGUGGCAAGAAAAGGAUCUAUCUCGGAUUUGCUGUACAUGGCUUGGUUAGAAAUUCUGACCAGGAACCUCCCUCCUGUGCUGCUUGUUAGAGGGAAUCACAAAAAUGUCCUGACAUUUUACUCUUAAAGUGGGAAAGAUGAGAAAUGUUGUAACUUGGUGUCCGAAUAUGAAGAAUAUCUGGUACUUUGUGUUGUAAAACCUCAUCUAUGAAUAAUAUACAAACCUCUAAAGACUAGUCUACCUGUGAUUCUACAUACAUUUUGUCUUUAAAAAAAAAAGAAUUAUUAUUAAUGAGAGGUUUUUCCCAUUCGUUUAAGGAGCAUCAAAGACCAUGCCACUCCUAGAGAAACACUUUGUCAGAGUUGCUGAUAAACAAGAAAUGAAUAAAGCGUGGCUGGCAUGCUAAUCUGGAUGUGAGCUCCAAGCAAACUUAAUCUCUUGUUUCUGUGGAGUCUGCUGCAUGGCCCUGGUGCAGACCUCAGUCCCACAGCAGGCUCUCCAUAAGCGCUUAUUGACAGGCUGGUAUGGUGACAGCAGGUGCCAAUCACAGGAAAAGACCUGCUGGGUCAGCGGCCUGACUCUGCUUGGCCUCCUGAGAGGCUUAUGAAGAUUUAAAAAUCAAUAACUGAAAACUUUACGAAGGGCUAGAGUCUACAGAAUGUUCGAAGCAGUUACCUAAAUAAGGUUUAUUUAAUGCAGCAGAUAAUAUGCUUACAAGUGAUCUCUGAUAACACAUAGCUUGCAUUUGCUGCUCACUGAAGGUAGGUUAGGGAGGUGAGUGAGAGACACAUGCUCCACUAAAAUGAAAUACAGUCGAUUCUUAACAUAUAAAUAUCAAUUGUCUUCCCUGAUAAAUAUUUUUAAAUUUCUAUCUCAGAACUACUUUGCCUAUUUUUUCCUCUAAUUAAGUGGUUUGCAUAGAUGAAAUCAAAAUAGAUGUCUCACUGAAAAAUAAUCUCAUAAAUUUUCAAUCCACUAUUAAAAAUACAUCCAGACCCUACAUUUAUUUACUUUCUGUACUUCUUAUAUGGGCUUUAGAGAAUAAGAUAUGAAUGGAGAAACUUGUAAAAUUUAAGAAUACAGGUGCUGAUUUUUCUUCUUGACAGUGUGUCUAUAAUAUUUAAUCACAGAAAAAAAAAAACCCAAAAAUUGUUUAUCUGAUAAAUGGCUUGGUUUUUUGUUGUUUUUUUUUUUUCUUGGCAUAUUUUGACUAUUUUGGGGAAACAUGUGGGGGAAAAUCAACCUGAAAUAAAAUCACUAAGAUGUGUUUGCUUUGA